AUGCCUGCCGUACACGGGGACUUGAUGACCACGGUCGUCCCCACGGAGAAGGAGUUGCCCCUUGACAUUGUGCCGCGGCAGGUCAUACUCAGGGACCGAGUCACGGUCGCCACGCUGGUCCCCUUCACUUCAGCGGAUGCGAUCCCCCGAUCUCUAUUAGCUUACCUAUCCGAUCAGUUGAACAAGGAGAUUGAAGGUGGUGAUACCUAUGCCAUGAUUGAUCCCAUCCCCUUGGAGCAGUUUGGGCCGUAUUGGUUCUCCAAUUUUGGCGCGAUCAUGCUCAUGGGGGACAUCAAGAGUGUGCAAGAGGUUCAAGCACUGGGUCGGAACCGCGCCAAUUGGUCCAAGAUCUGCUUGGGCAGCUUCAAUAUCCGUCCCAAUUAUCCCGGUCGUAGUAGUCACGUCUGCAAUGGCAUGUUUCUGGUCACCGACGCCGCCCGAAACAAAGGUGUAGGUCGACUGAUGGGGGAAGGGUAUCUCGAAUGGGCUCCUAAGAUGGGGUACACAUAUGCGGUCUUUAACCUGGUCUAUGAGAGUAACGUGGCAUCUUGCCGCCUGUGGGAUGCUCUGGGGUUUAAGCGGAUUGGCAGGGUCCCCGGGGGUGGUCGGCUCAUUUCCAAUCCCGGGCAGUACGUAGAUGCUAUCAUCUACGGCCGGGAUCUAGGCCCGGAAGGGGAAGAUUCUGUCACACAAGAUCGGUUUGACAAGAUCCGAUACUAUCUCAAGCAUUCCAAGUAUCCUAGGGGGGCUGACCGGGCCGAGAAAAGUCGGCUUCGGAGUGCAGCUACCCACUACAAGUUGAUCGGAGGUAAAGAUGGGGACGGUGAGAAAUUGAUGCUGAAAGACAAGGAGGUUGUGUCCGACCCGCAGCAGCAGUACGAUAUUGCCCGGGAGAUGCAUAUGCAGCAGCAUGCAGGUAUCAACAAGACCACAGCUGCCAUUGCGGUCAAAUACCAUUGGGUGCGGAUUAAAGAAACGGUCAGUCGGGUGAUCCGGGACUGUCCACAGUGUAAAGAGAUCCUCAAGCCGCCUUUAAUUAAUGGGAUUAUGCACGAGGGUACCCCCGAAGAUGAUGAGGACGAUCUGGGAAUCGAUGAGGCUGACUUGGCGGAGAAUGAUGUUGACAUGGCAUCCAGCGAUCCUAUGGGUACGCAUGCGCUGAUGGACCACGCCGCCAUGGAUGCUCACAAUACGAACCCAUUUGUGACCGCCCAUUCGGUAGUGCAAGGAUCAGUGGAUUCCAUCACCGAUUACACGGGCUUGCCGCUCGACCCACAAAUCAUCGACAUACAUCAGCAGCUCCCUCGAUUUCAUACUCAUGAUACUAUGACCGAUCCAUAUACCCACGCUGCACAUAGUUUACAUGCAUCAAGCUUCGAAAAUGAUGUCCGUCAUCAUGCGACCCAUGACUAUCAUAUGAUGGUUGAUCAUCCCACCGACCCUGAUCCGUCCGCGGCGCUUCAUCAAGAAGUAUUGGGGCUGGUACAUUCUCAGGCACACGACGUCCAUCACGAGCAGAUUCUGGCGAAGUAUCAGUACGUGGAUCAGCCGGAUGAUGGCCUGGAUUUCACAUGA